GCCGGGGUGCCGCCCACGUGACGCGGCGGCGCUCGGGAGCGGAUCGGGUAGAGGGGAAGCGCCGACGGGCGGGAGUUGCCGUUCCUCGCUGUGCCGCCGCCGCCAUGGGCCGGAGAGCCGCGCUGCCGCUGGCCGCCCUUUGCCUCGUUUCAGCGCUCUGCGGGCUGGCGGCUGGGAGCAGUUGGACGCAAACGCGUAGCGACGACGACGCCGCCGCGGCGGCCGUGGACAUCUGUGGGAAUAUUUCUACGUGUAGUUUGUGUAUUGGUAAUGAGACGCAUGGAACAGGCUGCGAGUGGAUCAGAUGUAACGAUUCACAGAUGUGUGUAAAUGGAACAACUUCUGAAGCACCUAAGAACUGUACAAUUGAAAAACAAUGUUCCUCUCCUACAUCUGUUCCUUUUUCUAAUACUACUGAGCUGCCUUCCAAUACUACAGCAUCACCUUCCAAUGCUACUACAGCGUCUUCCAAUACCACAUCUGGUUCUGUUACCACAGCUCAUCCUACCACAGCUCCAAACAUCACCAAUACCACUACGCUUGCUCCUGUAUCUACCACUCCCAUUACUUCAGCUGCCAAAACAACCAGUGUUCCAGGUACAAAUGCUACUGUGACUCCUGCACCUUCUUCGCGCAAGUCUACGUUUGAUGCUGCCAGUUUCAUAGGUGGAAUUGUCCUUGUUUUGGGUCUGCAAGCUGUUAUUUUCUUUCUGUACAAAUUCUGCAGGUCGAAAGACCGAAACUAUCACACACUUUAGGACCUGUCACUUUAUAAUGGACUAGUAGCUCAAUACCUGUAGUUCACUGAACCAAAAUAUUUUCUGUUGCUCAUGGAAGACAGCAGUUCAUAAUACCCUUUAAAUCUCUAAAAGAAGACUUGGAAAGAAUAUUUUUGCAACAUUAUACUUGGCAAGAGGUAAUGUGAAUCUCUCCAGCAGGUUUACUUGCAAUAUUCUGCAUGGGUUCUAAUGGCUGUCUUUUCUUUAGUGGCUGCUGCUGUGGGACUUUUUUUGAUAUGCCAAAUGUAGAUAUUUGGAGAUUCAUAUUCAGUGGCAACACUGUCUUGAGUAGACAAUCUCAUGACUUAUUGUGAAGGCUAAUUUAAUCAACAUCUGAUAAAAGUAUCCCUUCAGUUUUAUCAAGAAGUGAAUUAUUGGUGACUGACUUGAGGGAGUGAAAUACCAUCUAUACUAGCUUGUAACUCACACAGUGUGCUGCUAGAAAGGUGAGCAAAAUUGUAGAAGUAGGUAAUGUCUUAGUAGAAUCAAAAAACCCAUACAGAUACUUUUUUUUUUUAACACAGGAAAAAAAAGAUUGCUAGAUAAAAUACUGCAUUCCAAACUGAAAUCCUGCGUCAUUUCCGACUAAUGCUGAAGGUGGAGAGGAUGUGUAUGGGAUAACUCUCAUAAAGAGGAAAUGAAAAUUAGUGCCUUAAAUGACUGAAAAUUAGUAGGCUGCAAAAGUGUCCCACCUAUCUCAAAGAUAAGUCAAAUAUUUAGGUACUAGCUUUAUAUAGGAGAACAGAAACUUGAGUAUGUGUGAGCAUUCCAGUUUCAGAAUCUUUACACUGAAUAACUGGCCCUUAUUGACUGUUUUUGAGGGUGAGGGAGCAUGGUACAGUUACGUUCAGCUACAGGCUAGCUUUAAGUUGUUUACCUUUUUUGUUUUGACAUGCAAAGGCCAACCAUAAAACUGAAGUGAUAGAGUUCAAAGUACUGUUCACUCCCUGUUUAAAAAGGCAACAAUUUGUAUUUAUACUUGAACUAGUGUUUCGGGAAAUCCUGACUUUUUUCUUGUUCUUAAGCUUACUUGUUAAAACUUCAAUUCUUUUUAACCUUUGUGUGCAUCUGCUUGCUGCAGGAGCUAUUCAAAGUAAUCAGAGGAUCUGCUGAUUUGAUUUGAGUCAGGAUUGCUGUCCUGGUACUGCCAGGACUGUUUCUUUUCCCCAGCCUCAUUCCUGCUAUCAGUUUUGUAUGACCUUGCAGUGAACAGGUUAAGGAAAUCUAUUCAGCCAAAUGCUAUCUUUUUUUUUUUUUUUUUAACUUGGCUGGAUCACCCCUGUGAUCUGAGAAUAAGCAAAGGUAUGUCAUUGCCAAAGUUUACACAAACACCUUCAAGAAUAAGCCCACAGGAAAAACUGAAGUACAGAUAAAAUGAAGCAGUGGGUAUAGCACAUGAUGGUAGCUUUUGAUGAUACCCCUUGAUCAUCAGAGUGAUCUGUAAUACUGUCUUACUAGCUCUGAUCCAACUAGAAUUUGGCACCAGUGCAACAAAAGGAUAACAUUAAUGCAGGCAACCAUCAUGGUAGUGUAGCUUAGAUAUUGAACAGAUUGUUUGCAAGUUACUGACGUGCACAAUUGCUUUUUGGUGUUCUUCUAGUUCGAAUGGCAUUAUACUGUGCUGCAUAUAAAAACUCAAAUUACUAGAAAAAUACAAAAUUUAUUCACAAGUACUGUAUUUUCAAGUUCAUGAGCUUGUGGUUUUCUAAAUAAAACUAAGACAAUCAGCUCAGGUUCUUUAAAACAGAAGUGAGCAGCCAGCUUCCAGCAACAGCGUGUGUGGGUUAGAUGGUAUAACCUUGGCCUUAUUGUGAAAUCAUUUAAUCUGCCCUUUCCCUAUCUCAGAACUAUUUUAUUACAUGUUUAAAAAGAUAUCCAUGAGCUUGUAUUCUGUGCUUUGAAGUGAGCAAAAUACUCUCCUACAGCGUGACAAUUCUCAGCUCAGCAAAGCAAACUGUAUUUCUAGUACAUAUAUCUAUAUAUUUGGCCUCCAAGGGCUAUCUUUUGGGAAAACUUGCAGAAAAAUGCUACAGAACACUUCAUAGCAUGGAAGACUUUGCUGCAAAAGCAUUGCUCUGUAAAAAUGUUGUUAAAAUGCUUAUUCAUGAGCUAUGCUGAUUCUGAUUUAAGUUAUAAAAUAUGUUGGUAAAACAAACUAAAAUAAUUUUUCAAGUGCCUUAAAAUUGCUUAAUCUUUAUGCCUCAAAUUUUAUUUAAAAGGGUAGAAUGAAUACCUUGCCUUAGUUACUAAAGUUUUCUUGGUGCCAGCAAUUGCUACUUUCCAAUACUUUAGGAAACCCAGGGUUUUUGAUGUGUACAGAUGCCAGUCUCAAAAACUCAAGCUUGUACUGCAUCAAUUCAGUUGUGUACUGGAAGGCCUGCACUGCACGUUGGUUGCUCGUUAGCCUUGCCAACAAGGUGUAAUCCACAAUUGAUAGAGUUGUGGCUUCAGCUUUUCUCGUUCAGUUGUCUGGGGGAGGGAAGGCUGGAUUAUACAUCGUCACCAUGUGCUUGGCUGUCUCACUAUAAAAAUGAAUUGCUCCUUUGCGAAACUGCAGUAUCAGCUAAUCUGUGCUGUGUGCUAGCAAAUAACCUGAAGUAAUAACUUGCAGUUUUUUCUCGGGCCUUGUGUUUUGAAGUGGAAGGUAGCUCAUAGAUCUGUAGUUGCAUUUGCCCCUGAAUCGGUUUUAGGCACUGAACUGUAGUGACUCUUCAAGUUUCCUGGCUUUUUCUUGAAGCCAGUUGUGCAAAUAGCAAGCUGUUAUCUUAUGAAUGUUCUUUGCAAGUGUUGCUGUAAAAGUUUGUUUUGUCUUCAGUGGAAGAAAACUGAAACAGUUGUAAUCACAAAACCAAAUUGAUAAAUAAAAUCUGUUGAAUGGAA